AUGUCUUGGGAUUCUUACAUCGAUAACCUCGUUGCUCAGACCAAAGAUAAUUCAGGUACCGCCCAUUGCGACAAGGCAUGUAUAAUCGGUCUUGAUAACGGAGCAAAGUGGACUACAGACGGACAUGCAAAUGCAUAUAAGAUUUCCUCUACAGAGGGAGAAAAUAUUGCUAGAUGUUUCAAGAGUAAGGAUUUCACCCCAUUCAUGGCUUCGGGAGUCUUUGGAGAUGGUGUAAAAUACCAAUUCUUAAGAGAAGAAGAUAAGAAGGUUGUGUUUGCCAAAAAGAAAGAUCAUGGAGCAAUCACUAUGCAGGCGAGUAAGACAGCUAUAGUACUCGGCCAUUGCCCUGAAGGGGCUCAGCAAGGGAACUUAAAUAAAGGAGUUGGAGUCAUAGCAGAAUACUUGGAAGGCCUCGGUAUGUAA